GUGUUAUUGUUAUUUGCAUCUCGUAGAGAAUAUUUAGAAGAUCUAUUCAAUUUUUUAAGGUUAGCCUCAGGCCGAUUUUCCACUGUUCCGCGAAUGUUUGCAGCUGCUGGCUGAAAGCUGCUCCAUUUUUAUCUGGAAUUGGACGUUUUCCGAGCAUGUGAUGCAUGCAAAUUUUUAGGAACUCAAAAUUUGCGUUGUUCCGUUCUGGAAACCGAUGGCAUCCAGAUGUAUUCAAACUCUUAAUGAUCUGGACAAGAUAUCCGAUAGGAUCUACUCCAAACAUUCAAAGGGGCGUUUUCGUGCUGGUAUUGAAGCCAAAUUGAAAGCCGCGAGAGAGAAAGCCGAACGAUCGUUGCGGGAAAUCGACGAAGAAUCUCCUUCAUGCAGUUACAAGGAGACAAAUAUUUGUCGAUCUAGUAUCAGGCCAUCAAGUUCAACUCCAUCCUCCAGAACUUUUUCAACGUCUGUUUCCACUUCAUCAAGAUAUGUAACUUCAGAACGUCAAAGCAAAAUACGAAGAGAAAACGUACACAAACCUUCCUCUACAAAAUCAGCUCCAAAUGAGCAAAGAGCCAGAGCUCAGAGGAGGAAAACCAAAUCGUGUCCAAGCUGCUCAAUGGCUGACAAAACAGAGGAGGAGCAAAAAGAUUGCAGUGGCCAUCUUCCUUACACUGUGUCAUUUUUUGGCAAGUACAAUGGAAAAGACUCAGAAUAUAAACCAACUGCCUGGUUCAACCUCCCUCAAGAGACAAGCGUUGGUGUGAUUGAUACUUUUGCUUGUGAUGAGAAGAACAAGAGGCCAAUUUGUUACUCAGUGGAUAAUAAAAAAGGGGAAAGUGUGCCUAAUCUUUUGAAACAUAACCUGCCAGUGAGGGUGGGACAAAAUGGUAUUGUAAGAACUGAGAAGAAAGUGGAAUUAAUACCGGAAACUUAUGAUGGAAAUACAAAGCAAGGGAAGAAACGCACAGCUCCACUGAACUGGGAAGAGCAGCUGAAUUGGCAUAAUGCAUGUGUUGUUUCAUCAGCCUUACAGUCAGAGAAGGAUUCCUCCUCAAAGGGCUUGUAUGAAUCACAUCCAGUUAUUUUCCACCACAAGAAAGCGCAGCAAAGGAAUGUCUAUACACGAAAGGAGGAAAACUAUCUUUCACCUGCUUACAAGCUUAGUUUAGAACCACGCUGGGUAUAUCCCGAUCGAAGGAACUUAAUUUCCGCAAAAGAUAAAUGUAUUACUGCUGUGGAAAUCGAGGAUAACAGAACUGAUGAACUGGUGAAAGUCGGUAUGGAAAGUGCAGAUCGUGCAGAGCACGAUGGAAAAGAUAAUGCCGACGAGUCUGCGAAACAUAAUGAAGAGAAGGUUUCCAAAAAGGUUACCUUCGAAGAUGAAAGAGUUGUGAGAAAGAAAACAGCAAGGAAUCCAAAAGGAAAGAAUAGAGAGGAAAAUGAUAAGAGGAAAACUAAUACUGUUGAAAUAAUUUCUAAAACUGACCAAGCUGAAAAAGUUAGUUUACAGCAAAGAGUUCGUCCUAAAACUAGUCAAGGAAGAUCUGGAGGACUAGAUGAUGAAGUAAUGGCGAGCGAUAGGAAAAUGUGUCGACCGCACUCUGCUCCUCCUGCUCCACCGUCCUCUCCAAGGCUCCCGAUUGAAUCCAGAUUUUCCAGGUGUAUGCCUAUAACGAUAACGAUCCCGACACAAGGUGAUUUAACAGAAAGCAGCAGCGAGUCAAACUUAGGAAACAGAAUAAGCGUUGAACCAGAAACGCCUGCUGAAAUCAGUGUAAGUGUUAGUCCUGGGGAAAGCGAGGAAACUCUCGUUGAAAGCGAAAAGAGUCCAGCAUUUUCUGUCGACAUUACUCCAAGUUCUUCACCUGAAAAACUCAUCCCGAGGUGCGUUUCCUUCACUAAGGCUCCCAGAUCUGCGCCAGUCUCUAGAACCACACCAAGACCUGAAAAUGAAACUCUUCGAUCGAGAUCGUCCACAGCUCUUCAAAGAGAGCCAUACAGGCGGCCCUCACCCGUUGUCUUUGAAUCAGAGUCUUCUUUAGAGUUGCCCAAAGAUUUGCCCCCCGCCCAAGCCGUUGUGGCUCUAAGGAAAAAAAUUCGCGAAGAUCUUGCCCAGAAUUUCAAUGAAAAGGAGGGACUACUCAUAGUCUAG